GGCGUCUUCAUGGAACAGUCGAGUGAUGGAGGAGACGAAUCGGGGCUGCACCAAAGUUGGGCAGAUCAUCUGCACCGAUAGCUGCUCCAAGGUUUCACUGUGCGUGGGAGACGGCGCUGGAGGGCUGGCCACCUCGACGCUGGAGACUUGUACGGACGGUCUGAGGUGCAGCGCCGGCGACGAGGCGUGCACACAGCCGGAGCUGUCCGAGUGCCGCAGCGGCAGCGCCAACGGCUUCGAGUGCCGGGCCGCCGGCUACUUCCCUGACCCGUACAACUGCAGCAUCUACCAUCUCUGUCCCAACGUCGGGGACCCCAACUACGUCACCGGCACCUGCACCGGCGCCUGGGCUUACAACCCGCUAACCACCGACUGCAGCCUGGAGCGGACGGAGCGGCCCUGCUCUGAGGGCCCGGUGCCGCGCUGCCUGCGGCUGGGGCAGGCGGGCGCCCUGCCGGAGAACGCCGCCAUCCACUACGUGUGCGCGCGAGUCGGCGGCCGGCUGGUGCCGCAGCUGUACAGGUGCCCGCAGGGGCUCGUCUGGGACGAAGGCCGCUACGAAUGUGGUCUCCAGUUUUAGUGUCAUCUGGAAAUAACUGACGACUGAUUGGCGCCAUUGGCAAGAAAUGUACAAAGCUACAUCAUCAUUUGUCAUAUCUUUCCUCUAGAACGCAGAAUUCAUUUAGAACGUUUAUAUGUGCAGUAACACUGCCAGUAACACGUGUAAGAAGAUACACGGACAUAAAAUAAGACUUUCAUCACAGAAUGGUCCUCGCUUUACAAAACAAAUAUGACUCCGUUUCCCGUCAUCUCAAAGAUAUUCAUAUCAUCAGAAGAAACAAUACAACUGCAAACUUGUAUUAUAACUGUAAUCAACAUUUCUGAUAAAAUAGAGAAACAUAUACCAA